UCCUCGUGCCGAGCAUCAGAGCGGAAUGCGCUCGCCUUUCAUACUCAUGUAGAGAGAGACCUUAUCUGGGAAAGAAGAAAUGUGCACGAGCCAUUGGCACCCAUGUGCCCCUUUUGCAAGUCACAUUUGGCAUUAGACACAAAAUCACACAUACCGCCACUUGAAUUGCACGUAACGAACAGGUGAAGUUGUCCAAAUCAUUCCCACAAUAGAAAACUAUGGUCAUGGCCGUCCAAGAGCAAACGGCGUCGCAGCGCGCUCCGGUUCGCGUCGGAUUUUAUGAUAUCGAGCGCACGCUGGGCAAAGGCAAUUUUGCAGUUGUGAAGCUGGCGAGACAUCGCAUCACCAAAUCAGAGGUGGCCAUUAAGAUCAUCGACAAAACCCAGCUGGAUGCUGUGAACCUGGAGAAGAUCUACAGAGAGGUAGAAAUCAUGAAGUUGUUGGACCAUCCACACAUCAUCAAGCUUUACCAGGUCAUGGAGACCAAAAACAUGCUUUAUCUUGUCACAGAAUAUGCCAGGAACGGUGAGAUAUUUGACUACCUGGCCAGCCGCGGGCGGCUCAGCGAGAUUGACGCGAGGAGGAAGUUCUGGCAGAUCCUCUCAGCGGUGGAGUUCUGCCACGAGCGCAACAUUGUUCACAGGGACCUGAAGGCCGAAAACUUGUUACUGGAUGCGCACAUGAAUAUCAAGAUAGCAGAUUUUGGCUUUGGUAAUUUCUUCCGUCCCGGUGAGCCUUUGACCACGUGGUGUGGCAGCCCCCCGUAUGCGGCACCAGAAGUGUUUGAGGGACAGCAAUACGAGGGUCCGCAACUCGACAUCUGGAGCAUGGGGGUGGUUUUGUAUGUGUUGGUGUGUGGCGCUCUUCCAUUCGACGGCCCCAGUCUUCCUGUCCUCAGACAGAGGGUCUUGGAGGGCCGUUUCCGCAUCCCCUACUUCAUGAGCGAAGACUGUGAGCAUCUGAUCAGAAAGAUGUUAGUUUUGGAUCCAGCCAAGCGCUUGUCCCUGAGUCAGAUCAAAGAGCACCGCUGGAUGGUGCAGGAGGUCCCGUCUCAGAGACCUGUGCUGUACAGACAAGGCCUGCCCAGCGAUAGUAAAACAGGCUUGGGUGAACACAGCGAGCAAGUGCUCAGACUCAUGCACAGCCUCGGCAUUGACCAGCAGAAGACCAUUGAGUCUCUCCAGAACAAAAGCUAUAACCACUUUGCUGCUAUCUACUACCUGCUUGUGGAGCGCUUGAAAGCGCAUCGCAGCAGUUUCCCUGUGGAACAGCGUUUGCACGCCAGCCAGCGCCGCCCUAGCACCGUCGCUGAGCAGACUGUUGUCAAGACAAACGCAGUUCAAUCUCAAGUAGGCACCCAUUCACAGACUUCACAUCACCUGCGUUCUCCUGUCCUGCUGCAGUCCGCCACAGAUACGUUUACUUUCCCACAAACCCCUGCUUUAGACCAGACCCUCAUGGAGGAAGAUGUGGGCAUUCCCAAGGUGAACGGGUACCUACUGGACCCGCUCCCGCCGGUCAUCGCCCGCAAAGUCAGCAGCUCUCUGCCUGGUAACGUUAUGGAGACGUCCAUUGACGAGGGUAUCGAGGCAGAGGAGGAGCACGCUGUGCCUCUCACCGCCUUUAAUGCUGCUCGCUUUAGUCAACGAAGGCAUACUCUGUCUGAGGUCACCAACCAACCGCCUGUGCUGCCCAUCACAGGUCUUAACCCAUCCCUGGGCAGUAUGGACUCAGAAUACAGCAUGGGUUCAACUCAAAGUGACUUCAGCUUGCCUGAGGAGAAUUCGGCUGUAAAAGAUCCAUUAAACUCUACACCUGCCAGCUCCACCGCUCCUGUCUUCCUCAACAUGAAGCCACCUGACCCAACCCUACAGAUGACCAAUCCAGAAGGGCAGGAUGCUCAUAAUCCUUCACUAGUCAGUUUUAGAGAGGGGCGCCGGGCAUCUGAUACAUCCCUUACACAAGGUUUAGGGGCAUUUAGGCAGCACCUCCAGAACCUUGCCAGAACCAAGGGCAUCCUGGAGUUAAACAAAGCCCAGAUCGUGUUAGGCGAUGCUGGAGGAAAUACAAAUGUCGUCAUUAACACGCAGGAGCUACUAGACCCCCAUCAUCCAUACAGUCACCAGGGUGACGGACGCCAAUGUCCAAGUGGAAAAGAUUCAACAGUGUUCGCUGGUAAGAUGCACCCUUAUAUGCUGUCCAGAAGGCAGAGUUUGGAGACCCAGUACCUCGCUCAGAGACUACAGAGGGCCAGUCAGUUGUCUAGUGGUCUUGGAAGUGGUCAGGCAUUUUGUAAAGAGGCUGCACCACGCACUUUGGAGCAACAACUACAAGAGCACAGACUACAGCAGAAACGGCUCUAUCUCCAGAAGCAGUCUCAGGUCCAGGCCUAUUUCCACCAGAUGCAGCUGGCAGAGGAUCCUUACCCCCCUCCUCAAGAUCCCCCUUCUUUCACAAGGACCCAGACCCUAACCCCCUUUCUGGAGCCCAGCACCAAAUCAGCCCCCUACUCGGACUGGCCUCCGGCACUUCCACCCAAAUCUUCAGACGGCCACACACGCUAUACACCGUCCCUCCCUCCGGAGCCUCUUUAUGCGUGGAGUCCCACCCAUCCAGGCCUCCCACCAGGUAAAGCGGAGUCUCCAUCACCCCAGCCCGCUCCAGAGGUUCCCUUGUUGGACUGUGAGAUGGAGACCGCAGAGGGCCCGCAAGGCUGUGUACUCGUCAACUAAAUGUUUAUUGGUUAAAUAAGCCACUCUGAGGCUGGAUCUCAGGCACGACUCAUUUUAGGGAAGUAUUGAUGGAAGAAAACCUUCAGGGUCAAUAAGGAUGCCAUGGUUCGUGUUCAGCUACAUAUAAACCUCCAGACCUUACCAUCUCGUGCACUUGGUCCUGUGGUAGGCCAUUACAGACCUUCUGUUUAAAAAGUUAUUUGAGAUGUGUUAGUGUCUUGAAAAUGCGUUCGGUAAGCACAAAUAAAACAGUGCAGCUACCUUAGAGUUUCGAUCAGUAUUAAAGCAAUAUUCCUUUUUUCCUGUAAUACUUUCAAGCUCAACGAGUUUCAGUGUUUUUAUAUUUCAUCCUUAAAUUAUCAGUAGCUACUCAAGUUUUAUUGUUAGUAUUGUGGAAUUUUUAAUAAUAGAUUAUUAACAGAGAAAAUGUGUAAAUAUUAGUACUUAAACUAAUUAAAUAAAUAACAUUAACAUAAAUGCCAUUUCCAUCCAGUUGUACUUCUGCAAUGUGACAAACUUCCAGACCAGGAACAUGUAUUAAGUAGACUGACUUUUUUUCAUGUUGACUCAAGUCCGGAGUAUGUUCCAUUUUUUUACUGCCAGUUUUUUGAUACCCCGCGUGCAAUAUACGCGUAUUGUCGCACACAGGAGAAUAUAGUAUGAGGUCUUCAUGGGUCCAAAGAAAUGUACCCGACCUGAAAUGUCUCGAAUCAUACAAGAACGACCCAUGCAAAUCAGACCCAAGUCUGACCCGAUCUAGUGCUGAUUUUUUUUUACCCGAUUGGACCCAAAUGUAAAUGCAAAUGACGUGUGUGCAGUUUGCAGCCCUGCAUGCCCCAGUCAGACAGAAAGAAACCCCAUUGGCCUUGCAACCAAUUUGGCCAGCCGCUCCAUUUAUUUUCAUUUGUUAUCUAACGACGCCACCUAGGUAACUGCUACAAUGUGCAUUCAAAAUUGAUUGACAGGCCUUGUUCAACAAAAAUUAACCUACUGCCAGCCACACGAUGUCGCAAGUGCUCUUGGCAAACAGAAAAGGGGUUGAAAAAUGAGUCAAUACACACACAAGACAGUUCCGGUCUUCUCUGGUCCAUUCGGCAAAAACAUUCAUUUUAAAUUAACCAAUGCCGCCAAUGUUAUACCCGACCCGUGCCCAAGGCACACAUUAACUUUUAGACCCAAACCUGCUCGGACCUCAGGUUUUUCCGAUCUAAGUGGACCCAUGAAGACCUCUAUUAUGUAGCCCAGGAGAUGCAUUGCAUUUUGUCGCAAUGCCCAUGCGUCAAAGUCAAUAAACUAUAAUUUUCAAGUACUUUUGAAAGUUGGCGACUAUACUCUGGGCUUAUCAAUAACUACUUUAGAAAAUUGAAAGUAGACUGUAAAGCUACACUGCAAAAAAUGAAUGUCUUACUUAGUAUUUUUGUCUUGUUUUGUAAUAUAAAUAUCUAAAAAUUCUUAAAUUGAGAUACAUUUACUUGGUAAGCAAGUGACUUGAGAUAUUAAGUCUUGUUUCUUGAAAUAAAUUAUGAGGUUUUCUACUUAAAACAAGUCAAAAUAUCUGCCAGUGCAGUAAGAAAAAUAAACUUACAUUAAGUUUAUUGAAUUAAGUUGAAACCGGAAUUAAGUGUAUUUUUCUUACUUCACUGGCAGAUAUUUUGACUUGUUUGAAGUAAAAAAAACUUUAUUUUCAUCAUGUAUUUCAAGACUUAAUA